AUGGAUUCAGAGUUAGAAAAAAUAACCCCAGCAGCAUCUAACGCGAAAUUUGGAUUACACCCAGACUUUGAAUUUUUACUUUUUGCCAAUACUCCACCAGAAAUUCCAUUUUUUGGGAUUUUUGUGUGGGAAACCUUCGUUCAGCCCAAUAGCACGCCGCAGAAGUCCAUUGCCUUCCACUCGACACUGGAGUCGACAAUGCAAUGAGGAUAUGGAGACAGAGAGCCCUUCUUCACAGUUGUUAUGGCGUCAGAUGCUAAAGAAGAUGAAUGAUGGUUCAAGAGCUGAAAUUCAUCUCGCUCAAAAAAUUCUCCCUGCCGAACUACAAAGAGGGUAAACCCCUAG